AUUUUUUCAUAACUUUAUUAGAUAAAGGUUAAAUGCACAAAAAUACUGUGGAGAGUUGACUGAGGGCUGUGGGUUGCAGGGCUGUCUUGGUCACAUGAAACAAACAUCCCUUGCCAAGAACCAGGAAGGAGUUCACUUACAUAGUCAGCAUCCCAAACCACUAGGUCCUAAAGACAUCCCACACAAAUAUCAGCAGUGGGAUCACCAGGAUUACAAGGCACAAAAGCUUCUAUUAAUGUCAAACUAUUAUCCUGUCUCAUUAAUAACUGACCUGCAAUGAAGUGUUUGCCACUGAUCUGCACAUGUUGACUGUCCAUGUUCCACAGUUUACUGCUGUCAUGCUCUCUGCAAACCUCCUGAAGCCACACUUCUCUUCUUUUACUAUCACUCUUUUGGGUAAUAAAAAUCUUAACCUGAUUGUUUUUAUCAAUUGACAUGCAACACCUGGAAAUGGCUCUGAAGUGACUCCGAAGGUGGCAGAUUCAUUAGUCCAACAUGCUUCUGUUGUGUUCUUUAUGUUAACUUGUGCAACAAAAUUUCGGACCUUUGGAAAAGAGUAAUGAAUGUUUUCUUUCACUGUUGGGGUUUAUGUGUUGGCUCUCGCUGACAUUUGUGCUGAGUGUGUGCAUGUGUGGUUGUGCUGAGAUCUGCUGGAUGGAUGCUCCCUCCCAACCUGCAGAUUGGGUGCUUUAUGUCUCUCCUCCUCCCUUCCCCUUCGCCCUCCCUCCCUCCCUCCCUCACUAUAAAAUCCACACUGUCGCAGGAGUACUGACCUGCAGAGGAGCUCAAGUGUAAGUCAGAGAAAGACGGAAAUAAAACAGAAGACUGCACUUGCCUUCCCCUGGCUGACGGUCUUUCAAUAAUCUGCAGUCAUGGCCAGAAACCUGUUGAAGAAUCCCAGUGGGGAAGAACAGCUGGAAUUCUGGGACCUGACGGAGAACGGAGGGAGUCAGUGGAAGGUGGAGGACAUGCCGGGAGACUGCGGCUUCGAGUUCUGCACUGAGGGAGUGACCAAAUACUUUGCGACCUCUUUUGAGCUGUGUCUGAAGAGACAGGUGAUCGACUUGUUAGCGGAGGGUUACUCUUCUGGACAGCUGGACACUCAGCCUGCUGUCACAGUGGAAGACUGGUACUGCGGGAGGACCGACUGUGGUUGCACCUACCAAAUUACAGUGUGUCUGCUGGAUGAGAAUCACGAGGUCAUACAGGAGUUCAAGCCUGAACCGGUGACUCUUGACCCCGAUUGUGACGACUGCUCGUGGAAACAGGUCAGCCAUACAUUUUCUGACUACGGCCCUGGAAUGCGUCUCAUCUCCUUUGAACAUGGAGGUCAAGACACCAAGUUUUGGGACGGUUGGUUUGGAGUCCGAGUCACUGGGAGUUCUGUUACUGUCGAGGUCUGAACAGGAAGAAAAGGAAGUCAAAGGAGAAGGGAACCACGGAGUUAGGAAUUGUGAAAGGUGACGGAGGGAGGUGGAGGCCUCCAGACUAACAGAGUGGAGUGUAGGUUUUGAGGUUACAAGAGGACCAGCUUUGCCUUACGCGCUGACUGUAUGCCUCUGUAUAUUAUGGAAACAUUCUGCUGCUAUGAAGAAAACAAAAACGCUGGUGGUAACAUGUCAGCUUUAUUAAUCUCAAAAUAUUCAAAUUAUUACUUGCAACACAGUAGUUAUAAUUAAAUAUGAUUUAAUAACUACUACCUCUGCAUAUUGACAUAGUGACCCUGGUUUUAAACUAAAUGAUGUGUUUGGUGGGUGGGGGUGUUGUACACAGUCAAAUGGGUUAUCAUUCAGACUAAAAUUGAAAUAAAUGAUCAACGUCA